AUGCCUAGGCAGCAUUCAACGGGCUCGUCGGAGCAUGCCUAUGAGGCCGUAUAUCGACCUAUUCCUCAAGCACCGGUGGCAGCUAUUCCUGUCAGACCGUCUCUCGAAAUAAGCACGGAUAGCGAGGACAUAGAUGUCCUAGACGAUUUGAGUCCGCCACCAGCAGAAGCUGGUGGAAGGAUACGCUGGAUCCACUUCGUACUUGGCUGUGCGGUACUAUUGCCAUGGAAUGCCGUGAUCACAGCGACACCGUACUUCCUGUCCCGCUUGGAGAGUUCACCACUGAAGAGCACGUUCAGCUCAUACCUAUCGGCUGCUUUCAUGAUAUCCAAUCUCCCUUUUCUGGCUCACGCGACCGCUACUGCUAAACAGGCUUCAAAUUCCCGACGCGUGUUCUUCUCGCUGUUGUGUCUGGCAUUCCUCACGGCAACCUUCACUGUCAGCACAUGGGUACAUCCGUCGCCCGGUGUCUUCUUUGCAUUCGUGCUCUUCAAUGGUGCGCUGCAAUCGGCUGUAGGCUCGUACCUCCAGACUGCCGUGGUAGCUGUCGCGUCGCUAUUCGGUUCAACGGCGAUGGCGGCUGUAAUGUCCGGGCAAGCAGCCGUCGGCGUCGCCGUCAGUGGUGUACAAGUGCUCAGCGCCGCGGCUUCAGUGCGGAGUGCGUCAGACAUUCCUGAAGUUCCAACACAAGCCGCCUCUUCGCGAACACCAGAAGAGACAUCAGCCGCCCUGUUCUUCGGGCUGUCUACCAUAUUCCUGCUCGUCACCCAGGGCGUCCAUGCCUGGAUGAUGACUCUCCCUGCAUACAAAACCUUGGUGGCUCGGAGCCGACCCAGAGCAACUACCGACUCUCUUGCGGAGGAGACGCAAGGCUUAACCACAGGUAUAUCUCACAACAGCAAGACCAGUGGGAAGGACCAGAUCCUACGCAUGGUGAAGUUGAAUCUCCCGUACAAUUUUGCAGUAGGCUAUGUGUUCGCUAUAACACUGUCCGUCUUCCCUCCGAUCACCGUCUCGAUCCAAUCGACCAAUCCUGCAACACAUCCGCUCCUCUUCAGCGCAUUCCAUUUCCUUGUCUACAACAUUGGGGACUUCUUGGGCCGCAGCGUGUGCUCUAUACCACGACUCCUCAUCUGGUCCGCGAACAAGCUGCUCGUGCUUUCCCUGGCGCGCACACUAUUCAUCCCUCUCUUCCUGCUGUGCAACGUGCAGUGGGCACACCCCACGGCACUGGGCCCCGUGAUCACGUCCGACGUGCUCUUCAUGCUCGUCCUGCUAUUCUUCGGCGUGUCGAACGGCUACAUCUCGAGCAUGUGCAUGGUCGCCGCGCCGUCCGUCGCUCAUAACCCGCGCCUGAAGGGGCGUGCGGAGGACGUGGACAUCGCAGCAACGGUUGCGAGCUUCUGCUUAGUUGGCGGGCUGACGUUGGGGAGCGUCGCGAGCUUUGCGGUGCGCGCGGCAGUGUGCGACUGCAAUCCGUUUAGAGAGUAA